AUGGAGGUGGAUAACAAACAUGUCAAUACUGAUGAACAGAUGGUUGACAAAUGCCCACAACAUAAUAAGAAGUUGAAGUUCUUGUGCACGAAUGAUAGAACUUUGAUUUGUUCAGACUGCGUGACGACAGAACACUUUGCUCACAAGUUUGUUAAUGCAGCAUCGUUGUUAAACAAGGCCACACCGAUAGUGGCAGAGCAUAGGGAUCGUCUCCAUGCACUGUGGCGCAUGCUAAAGGAUCUGGGCGAGGUGCACGAGUCAUUGGUCGACAAUGAGAGUCGUGUUCAGCAGGUCUUCCACGAGCUACACGCAAUGCUAACGAUCGAAGAGCACAAGUUGAAGAAGCCAUUCGUAUCCAAGCGUCAAGAGGCCGAGUCGACCAUCGAGAACAUCAUCAAAGAGGUCAACUCGAUACUUGUGCUCAUUGGCGGCGUGAACAACCCCGCCAACAAUCAAGAGGCAGCCGCGCAACAGCAUGGACUGCAGCAGGUGAGCGUCACGGCCAUGGCCCCAUUGAUCGCGUCGAUCAAGUCCUCGGGCACAAUCGAGGCAUUCGUCACGGCCAAUCAGUCGCCCAUCCAGGAGGACGUUGUGGUUGGCGACCAGGACAACCUGCUGGGGCAGUUCAGACAUCACUUGGUCUCGUUCAACAACGUCAGCUACUCGCUGCCCGACUUCCUCUCGAUCAAGUUCCAGUCGGACAGGCUGAAGAGCGACAUUACAAAGACGAUCAAUCUAGGCUUUGACAUGACAACUGAUCGCACACUGAGGGCCGAGCCUCUGAAGCCACAGUCAUCGUUGCUCUACAUGCUUAAUGCGCUUGGCCAGCUCAGCACCUUCCACACUGGCACCGCAACAUGGACACAGCACACGGCCAAGGACAUUGAGAUGCGCUCACAGACCUCAAGCUCACUCAUUCGCGUCGGAGACUAUAUAUACGUUUUUGGCGAUUCAGGACUGACCAAGACGUACUCGCGCUACUCGCUCAACAACAAGAUAUACGAUGACCACGCUGAGGUCACCACUGGCGACGGAGGAAACAGCGCGGCUGUGUGCUACGAUGGCUCCAACUACAUCUACUUGGUUGGAGGACGCUCACCUGCUGCCGACAUUGUUGGCGGCGGCGGCGGUGGAUACCUCAAGCGCAUCGACCGACUCAAUGUACACACCAAGGUGUUUGACAGGAUUGGCAGCAUCGAGGAGCUGGGCACUGGCACACCUACGUGCACAUUCUUGUUCAAUGACCUGCUUUACAUUGUCUGCACGGGUCGCAUCCUCACCUAUGACAUGUUCAAUCGACAGUGCGUGGACAUAACACCUCAGUUCCACCUGGACACGAUCCAUCUGUCGAGCCGCGUGUGCUACGACGGCCUCGGCCACAUCUACUUGCUCGACAACCUCAAGGUCUUUAUCAAGCUCUCGUUGAACACCAAGAGGUUCACAUGUCUGGCGCAGCUGCCACUGCUCGACAAGGUGGUGUGGAAGACGCACUCGGUGGCGAUCAUCAACGAUGCAUUGUAUCUGUAUACACCGGCGACCAAUACAGUGAUGAGAUACAACAUUGCACAGGAUACAUGGACAACACUGAUGGACAAUUCUAGACAGCCCCUCAACAUAUUUGGAGGUGUUGGAGCUGCUGGUGGAGCUGUGCCAAUUGCUGCGCCAGCACAACCAGCACCGGCCAAACCACCAGCAGUGUUUGUCUUUGGCAACAACAACAACAACAACAACCAGGUGCUGCCACAAGUUGUUAAUCCGCCACUGCCACUCCCUCCACAACUACAGGCACAGCGAAGA